AGGGAUGCUGCUGCCUUGGGUCCAUAUUACCUUGUUAGCAGGUUGCAAGCUAGCUGUCUAAAGGCGGUACAGUGCGGCUUCCCGGGGAUGUCCCACCCUUUUUAAUACAAACUGAGGACUCCGCGGUUUUUAUCGGCUCUACACAAACAGGACUAACCUCCAAACUUUGGCGACAUGACGACGCGGUCGGAGAGAGAAAAAGCCCAGAAACUGAAUGAGCAGCAUCAGGCCAUCCUGUCUAAACUGCUGAGGGAAGAAGACAACAAGUACUGUGCGGACUGUGAGGCGAAAGGUCCUCGAUGGGCGUCAUGGAACCUCGGGGUAUUCAUGUGUAUCCGCUGUGCCGGCAUCCACCGUAACCUGGGUGUCCACAUCUCCAGAGUCAAAUCUGUCAAUCUGGACCAGUGGACACCCGAGCAGAUCCAGAGUAUGGUGGACAUGGGCAACACGAGGGCCAGACAGCUGUAUGAAGCCCACCUACCAGAGAGCUUCAGACGGCCACAGACAGACCAAGCAGUGGAGGUCUUCAUUCGGGACAAGUACGAGAGGAAAAAGUACUACAACAAGGAGGCCCUGGCAGCAGCCCCAGCGGAGUGUAAAGCCAGUCCCAAGGAAAGCACAGAGCCGGCUGUGGACCUGCUGGGCCUGGAUGCUCCAGAGGGAGGUGGGAGGGGCUUGGGUGGUGCUGCACCAAUCAGCGAUGAACUGGACAUCUUUGGACCAAUGGUCUCCAACCCUCUCCCCUCUUCCAACAACACACAGCAGUCUGGUUCCAGUACAGCACCUCCACAGGCGGACCCCUCCACCUCCUCCUCUGCCUCCUCCUCUACCUCCACCACUACCACCACGAAGGCGGAGGAGAAGAAGCUUUUAUCUAAAGACUCCAUCCUGUCUCUGUACGCCAGCAGCUCAGUGGCCAGUCAGCCACAGAGCCAGCAGCAGCCUGUUCCAGGACAAGCAGGAAUGUACAUGGGCCAGCCUCAGAUGCCGUUCACUCCGCAGGGUUUUGCUCCAGGGAUGGGCGGACCUGUCCCACCAACCACCAUGAUGGGCGGAGGGGCCAUGAUGCCUGGGAUGGCGCUGCCUAACGGCAGCUACAUGGGCAUGCAGCAGCAGGGUGUGAUGCCAGCCAACCAAGGACAGAACAUGUAUAGCAUGCAGCAAGGACAGCAGCAAGGACAGUGGAAUAUGAGCCAGAUGACCCAGCAGAUGUCAGGCAUGGCUGUGAGUGGUGGAGGGCCGGCGCCAGCCACUUUCACCCAGUCAGGGGCCCCUGCGGCUGGCUGGCCUGCGGCUCCACCAGCAGCUUCCGGCCAGACCCUCAGCACUCAGCUGUGGAAGUGACAAGAAUUGGGUCCAGAGGAAAGGUAGGGGGGGACGGAGGGCAGUCAUAUGGCAAGGAAAUAGCCAUAACAGCUCCUGACCCACCCAUCUCCUCACAGAAUGAAGAACACACAGUGGGGGUAGUUUGACUGCCUCCCCUCAAACCCUACACACCUUCACCAUGGUUCCUUUAAAAGCCAAGAUGACAUCACACUGGAUGGAGUGGGAAAAAAAAGAAAGACUGGCAGCUGUUGUUCCCCAUCGUUAUUCAGCUUACCUCUUCCUUUUUGAUUUCCUUUUGUUGUUGUUGUCUGAAGAAAGAGACAGAAAUCGACAGAAAAGAGAGCUGCUGGACCAAUAACUCCAAGUGUCUAUUAUAGUAAUAUUAUAUCAUUACCAAAAUGGAUAGUUAGUGAAUAGUCUUUCAAUACCUACAGUAGAUAUGGCUAUCUUGUGGUUGCUACCAUGUCCUCACCCCUCUCUCUGCUGUGUAUAUUGUAACCCUCCCCCUCCCUCUCCCCCUCCCCCUUUCUGUGGGGCGAGCAGAGUCCCGUAGCAGAUAGUCGUCUGAACAGUACUGUAUUUAUGUGAUUAUGAUGUGAACCUCCCACUUUUUCAGAGCCAUAGGAGAGAGGUUGAUGCUUCCACUCUCAGUGACUUUGUUUGGUUUGAGUUCUCUUCAUCACUCCAUGGGGGGGGGAGGGGGGGGGGGGUCUGGAGAUGAGGUUCUCCAGUUUAAAGCAUCCUGUGGAGUUUAGCAUUGCUAAAUGGGGUUUGACUGACAUGGGUUUAAUGCUGCUUAUACAGUAGAUGUUAUUUUGCACUGAUUCACUGAAUCAUUGUCACGUAAUCUGACCAUUUUCCCACAAAGACUUCGAAAACAUAACAGUGUCUCAUUACAUCCAUUUGAGGUUACGUUUUCCCCCCAUAGCAGACAGUGUACCACGGAGCAGCUCUAUAGGAAAGAUCACAUACACCAGUGGUUCCCAACCUUUAGCUUGGGUCAGAAUAUACACCUGAGGGUAGGCAAGAUCAUUAAAAUUGGAAAUAUGAUUAAAAGAAAAAGGCCUUGUAGGAAAACUAUUCAAGUUAAACAUUGGCUGAUGGAAAGAUGACUCUUCGAACUUCUCCCGACUCAUAGACAUAUUCAAACUGUGACAGGGGGUCACAACAUAGGCCAGGUGAUACAGCCCAGAAGUUCCCUACUUGCACUCAGGUGAGAACAGUCACACUGCAGCUAUUCAGCUACUUACACCAAUCCCUAUGACACGUUAUUGUGGUUCCCACUGCGUGCUGUGAUUGGCUAGUACUAAUCAAGUUGAUGCAUCAUGGUUGGAAGGGUUUAGCAUUAGGGCAAAGAAGUCAUGUUUAGGACUCGUGCCAGCCACUCUCGGAUAUUCUCUGAGAUUGGUGUAUUGGUGAAGUGGUGAAUUUACACGAGAAAAACGUACAAAUAUAGUGCCAGAAAGUCAGGUGGCGUUGUAUAAAGAGUGACACAGUUUAUAGAGAGAGUAAGGUGUGGUGGAUAAAUGGGUCAAGCACAGGACUUUCACCCAUGAGACUCUGAUUCCAAUGUUCCCUUUUUAUUUUUAGACUUUUAGACUUAAUAUUUUUACUUUUUAUGAUGUAUAAAGCAGCAGAAUGCACACUGUGUAUGGCUGAAUACACCUGUUCAAGUUAAUGUCAUACUUAAAUGUUGCCAGGACACCCAGGAAUAUAUACACCUGGGUAUAAACGGCCACAUUGGCUAUGUACACCUCAGGUAGCAUCGUUAGCCUGGCUGUAUCCAAAAAAUAAAAAAAAUAAAAAAUUUAAAAAAAAGCCUGUGAGAGGAGUGUAAAGCACAAGUUUUAUCAAAAUACAAUAUUAUUUGGACAACAAUACAGUUUUUGCUGAUAUCACAGAGUCUGUCACCAUACGAGUUAAUUCAAUAUGAAACUAACAGGAACAGUAAAUAUCCUCAUUGCCUUUUUCUUGGCUGCUUACCAUUGUGCACCUGCCGCCAGGCACCUAGCAUUGUUUGAACGUUUAGGAAAGAGGUGUACUUGGACAGAAAUGGUGACACACGCAUGCCAUGGGAAUUUCAAAAUAAAGGCAUAUCUUAAAGAUAAUAUGUAUUGUUCUUUUCGCUUUCCAUCGAUAAUAUUGGAUUAUUGAUCAUUACGGUGAUAUACAAUCCAGACUCAAAGCCCAAAAAGGUUGGGAACCACUGAUAUAUGUACACCACACUGGCUGUGCAAACAUAAUCUGAUCAGUUAUCCAGUAUCAGACUUUUAUUGGCUUAUUAAUAUCUCUGUCCAGUUCUGUGUCUCACACUGCGAGCUGGUUAAAACAACCCAAAGGAUUCCCUCUAAGCCCCAGUGAUUUCUGAGCACCCCUGGGUCCCCUGGGUGUCUUUGGUAGCCACACUGUGGUGUUUUGAUGUGUUUUAAAACCUAACGAGCUGGGUUCAGUGGAACCUGGGCUCCGACCCAGUUAAGACAUACCUUGUUGUUGAAAUGAGCCGUUUCUCCUGCGCUCCCCUAGGCAAAAUAAAGCGCCACUGGAAUCACAGCGGGUUGUCUUUACUGCACUUUAAAUAGCAGAGCAGGUACCGUACUGUAUCUCCCGCUGUGGUGUGGUUUAGUCUCUCAGAUCGUUGUCGGGGAACAGCAGAGAUAAGUGAACUGUCAGCUCACUUCCAACAGCAAGAUGGGAUUUCCACAAUCUUUUUCUUUCUAAAAACUGGCACGUAAAAUGUUGCUCCCUUCAUAUAUGACGCUAUAACGGUAUGUUCUGCCAUCCGCCAUCUUUAUUGUGGUGUUUUGUUGUGUGCAGUACAAGAGAAGCACAGUUAGUCUGAAGCAAAUAAACCUGGAUGACCAAUCAGAAGGCUAGACUGGCAGGACGGUGGGGGAGGAACAGGACUGGACAGUGCUAGCAAAAGAGGACCUGUAUGAAAACACUGGAUGGGUCCCAUCACCACUGUCCAGUCCUUGUUUUCAAGAAUAAGAAAAGAGGAGCAAGAGCUGAAAUGAACAAACAGAUGCACACACGUAUGCACACAGAGUUAAGACCACACUGCCGAAUGCCGACGCAGAGAUUCAUGUCCGUAUACACAGGGUACCUCUGCCAUGCAAUAACUGUAAGACUCUCUUACACACAUGUGGCGAGUGUGAACGACACAUUAACAAUAAAUCUAAUGUCCUCCAGGUUUAUUUCCAAUGUGUUUACAUUUUCUGGUGCCUAGUACAGAGAAAAGUGGUUUCCGUGCAUUAAAAAAAAAAAUAUCCAGGAACUUUUUCUGUGUUCAUCUUUGUCUAAUGACUCUUUUAACUGUUAAAGUACUGUUUUAUCAUUUGGGAGUUUUAUGUUUGCUCCUUUUUUCUGUUCCACAAGAGGGUCAUUUGAAAUAAAAGCUGUUGAGUCCUGGA